AUGGUUGAAGGAGAUUGGAUGAACGUAAAGAUUAAAGAGGAACGGAACAUUAUGCUGAAAUGUACUAAAAUUGUACGAACGAUUGCUUUGUGCGGAAUAUUCACAUGCUUUUUUGGAAUAUUCAGUAUAUUUGGUUUUCCAUGUCUCGAAAUAAUAAAGAGAUAUGCGACUAAUUUAACCGAUUUUGGAAAAAAUUUGCCGAUACCAACAUACUACCUACACGAUGUGACCAAGAGUCCACAGUUUGAGCUCACGCUAUUGGCGCAGGCAUUCGCAUCGUCCGUAGGUGGUAUCUCUUACAUUGCGAUCGACAACUUGUUCGGACUAUUAGCUUUUCACGUUUAUGGUCAAUUGGAAAUUUUACAUUUACGGUUGAAACAUAUGAAGAAGUAUCCCAACUACGAUGAAGUUUUAAAAUAUAAUGUUCAAGAUCACAUUCGUUUAAUCAGAUCUAUCAAAAUGAUUGAUGAUAUCUUCAAUUUAAUGCUACUUGCUUUGAUACUUUAUUUUGCUAUAUUAUUUUCUCUGCGAGGAUUUCUCAUAGUUAAUGUAAGUCAAAAAUCAUAG